AUGGAUUCACUUGAUAUCUCUAAAAGUGGUGAACAGUCACAACGUCGAAGUCCAUUACCAUUUUCUCGAUAUUCGCCUGGAAUGGCUAGGAAAUCUUUUGGAAAGCUUGGAAGGACUUUAAGUGCAAAAGCAACCAGCUUUAAGGGGUCAGUACAGUCAGUUGCUUCCGGAACGCAAAAGGUCGCCCAUGGAGUCGUAUCUCACACACUUUCUGCAGCUGACCACAUCCAGGCCGGUAUUCAAUCUAGUGCCAAAGUUGUUGCUUCUGUCCCUGGUUCUAUUAUGAAUAUAAGUUCUGGUUUGAUCCAGGAAGGUCAAAAUGGUGUAAUGGAAGUUGUUGAAUCUGUAAAGGAUGUAUUGUCAAAUGAAAGUAACGAACCACAACAGGAGCAGAUUGACAAACAAACAAUGAAACGUGAACGCAGUCUUGCUACCCUUGAAUCACUUUAUCAACGGACACAGCAGGCCAGAGAACAAGCUGCAAUUCAACGUGCACUGGAUACUGGAUUCGUCCUUGGAUCAGAAGAACGCUCAGUAUUUGAAAAGAAACAAAAAUAUAAUGACAUCACUAAUAACAAUGGCCAAAAUGAGCGUAAUUCAAUCGACUCCCCUCCCGAACCACCAUAUUAUAUGACUGUGAGAGUGGAUAGAUCACGUCAACAAAGGAAGAAAACACAAUUAUCACGUCGAAAUUCGAAAGAAAUUGUUGAUUCUACAGGUGCCUCAUUAUCUGCAGCAGAUUUUUUUGAAAGUGGUUGUUUAUUUGGUAAUAAACGAAAAAGGGAAUUUUGGUUUGCUGUGCCAAGAAGUCGUGUUGAUGCUAUUUAUCAUUUCCUGCUACAGUGGUCACCUCAGAAAUACGGACAGGCUCGUUAUUUAUUUUAG